AUGGGGUGGCUCAGUCAGGCGACCUUCUGUGCAUGCUGCCAACUAUUUGACAUUACUCCCCAAACUGUGAUUCUCUUCCCCAUAGCGAUAACAUUCUACUUCACCUGGUGGUUCAUUCAUUUUGUUGAUGGAUUCUUCUGUCCAAUCUAUGCACAAUUGGGUAUCAACAUUUUUGGUCUUGGCUUCAUCACUUCUGUUACUUUCAUAUUUUUCGUUGGGGUCUUCAUGGCAUCUUGGGUUGGAGCAUAUGUUCUUGGCAUUGGUGAAUGGAUCAUCAAGCGCAUGCCACUUGUGCGCCACAUCUACAAUGCAUCCAAGCAAAUUAGUGCUGCUAUAUCGCCAGAUCAAAACAAACAGGCAUUCAAGGAGGCAGUCAUCAUACGACAUCCUCGUAUUGGGGAAUAUGCAUUUGGAUUCAUUACCUCAUUAGUCUCGCUCCAGAGCUAUUUUGGUCAAGAGGACCUUUACUGUGUCUAUGUGCCGACCAACCAUCUCUACAUUGGUGAUAUCUUCAUAGUGAACUCGAAGGAUGUGAUAAGGCCUAAUCUUUCUGUGCGUGAAGGCAUUGAGAUCGUUGUGUCUGGUGGUAUGUCAAUGCCCCAGAUUUUGUCGACCCUGGAUCCACAUCCAGAUCUGCAUGCAAUCCACACAGACCGAGGUGGAGCGAGCAGAAGCUGAGGCAAACUGCAUACCUGUUCGUCGAUAUCAAGUGUAAAACUCUCAACACAGAUCACACCAGUGCGGCGAACAAGAUCCUGAGCGUGAUGCACUAGCAAUCUGUCACGCCUGAGGAUCAAAGGAUCUUGUAAUUAAGUAGAAGUAGGUAACUCACACGCAUUGUCGAUUCGAUGGAUUUUGUACAAUUGGCUUGGACUUUGUCUUUGUAAUGCCGCCCCAGAUGCUUCCUAGCCAUACUUAUAUUUUCUUA